AUGAUCAUAGGCUCAAUAAUGAUGUGUUUGUCCGGUUUGGUAUUUGCCGAAUCUACUGAUUUUACAUAUCUUUUAAUUGCUGCUAUAAUUGGAGUCAUCUCUCCCUCGGGAGACGAAACUGGACCGUUUAAAACUGUAGAGGAGGCAUCUAUAGCUCACUUGACCCCUCACAAUCAUCGGCCUGAAGUUUUUGCUAUACACGGAGUUUUAGCUACCGCAGGAGGAGCAAUUGGGUCUCUUGUUUGUGGAUUUUUGGUGGACUAUUUGCACAAUGAGCUCAAAUAUGACAAAAUUCGUUGUUAUCAGAUUGUCUUUUAUGUUUACUCUGCCAUUGCGAUUAUGAAAUUAUUCAGCAUGUUGUGUUUAUCUGAAAAAUGUGAGGUAUAUCUGGAUAAAAAUAUUAGCGAGAUCUCGGAGACCCUGGAAUUACUUGGAGAAGAAAAUUCAACUUCAACAACUUCAACCACCACCAUUUCAAAAGCCACUCGUAGUUAUUUGCCGAAAUUAUUAUGCAUUUUCAUGCUUGAUUCGCUUGGGUACGGUUUUAUGCCAUCGGCAUGGGUGGUUUACUAUCUUGCUAUUACCUUUAAACUCGCAGCAAAGGCACUUGGAAGUUUGUUUUUUGUGACCAAUUUUGUUAAUUCAAUCUCGUCCAUACCAUCCGCAUAUCUUGCAAAAUCGAUCGGUCCGGUGAAGGCAAUACUAUUCACCCAAGCUCCAUCUGCUAUAUUUUUUGGCGCUAUAGCAAUAUGUCACAAUUUCACUCCAGUGGCCAUUUUGUUAAUCUUUUAUUAUCUCACAUCAACCAUGGACGUGGUGCCACGACAGGUUUUACUUACUUCAAUAAUGCCCAAACAUGAAAUCACCAAAGUUAUGGGUACUGUGAAUAUAGGCAAGACCGUGGCAAGAUGCGUGGGGCCGACAUUCACUGGUCGAUUAGCAGAAGAUGAUAGAUUGAAAUAUGGAUUUUUGAUAAAUGCCAUAUGCGUACUAUUGGCAGAUUUGGUAUUGGUCACUAAUUUUGUACAUGUGGAUCAUGUCAUUUUACAGAAACAACUGAUAGAUUGCGAUAUAGAGUAA